AAACCGCCGCCGACCGACGAAAGUAAACAGACGGCGUCGUGAGGGCGCCCGGCGUGAGGACAGCAAGAGGCCGUGCGCGUUUUUGCUUUGAUUACUCACCUCCCUUCCCCACCCGAACGGGCUAGGGUUUGGUCUGCAGGCCGCUUCCACCUUCCCUCGACCACAGGCACUCGAGCCGAGAAGCAGGAUCGUCCCCUUCCCCCGCGGAGGAAGGGGCGACGCCGGCCGCGACCAUGCACUCCAGCUGCCAGCAGCGGCCCGUCGCCAGUUACCCCGACAAGACGGGCGAGCAGGUGGAGAAGGAGCUGCACGAUGGCCUGGAGGAAGGCAAGGAGCGCUUCAAGGACCUCAACGACCGCUUCGCCAAGUACAUCAACAACACCAUCCUCAGCCUCAUGCGCCGCAACAAGGAGCUGCUGGCCGAGCUGAAGAACGCCGAGAAGGACGAGACGACCCGCUCCGAGGCCAUCUUCCAGAAGGCCAGGAACGAUAUCAAGUGCCGGCUGGAGGAGCAGCAGAAGGAGCUCAACUGCCUCAAGGCGGACAAGGAGAAAUACAAGAAGAGAUUGGAAAAAGAAAUUCAACUAAGAAAGGAGGCAGAAAAAGAUUAUGAAGAUUUAAGAAAGAAAACCGAUGAGACCAACGUGGCAGCAGAUAAACUUCAACGUAAGGUGAAACUUAUGGAAAUACAACUCGCGCAACUGGAAGACAUACGUGAUCAAGAACGCGUUUAUUGGCAGAAGAAGGUGGACCACAUACAAAACCUUGAACAGGGCGACACACACAGAGCAGAUCUAGAACAAGCUCUUAAAGAGAUUCAUGCUGAGUAUGAACAGCUUGCCAAGAGAAACAAAGACGAUAUGGACAAAUAUAAGCAGAAGUUUGAGGAUACAAAUUCCAAAGCAUUGGAAAGUGCCAAGAAGGAACUUGAAUGCUAUCGCAAGGAGGUGAAUGAGCUGAAAUUAAAAGAUGAACUAAUGAAGAACUCGCUGAUAGAAAAGGACAAAGAUAUAUACAGACAGAGAGAGUGCAGUAAAGUGCUGGAAAAAAAGAUUGUCCGUCACACAAAUGAGUUUCAGGAGCUAUUAAACGUAAAGACGCAGCUCGAGCAAGAGAUUGCCACUUACAAAAAUUUACUCGGCCAAGUGGAAAAGAAAGCAAGGGACUACUCAACUCAGCCAUCUCUCACUGAUAAAGAAGAGGAAAGAAGAGACACUAAUGAGACAUGCUUAAUCUCUUCAUCUGAUGAAGACAAGGAAUCUGAGGAAAAUGAGGAUUUGUGUGCCCUUGAUCAAGACUAAAAUAGACGGUAGAAAAUGAACUGGCCACAGACCUGAGUCCCAUCAACUCCACAUUCUGAGUUCCAUUGUGUGAGCACAGCUCUGACCUUUAACACAUCAGCGGAAAAUCCACCUGCUGCACCUUUAGAUUACUUGAACCAAUGUGAGUUUCAGACCACUCAUUCUGAUAUUAGGCACAAAUUACACCUGUAUAUUGUCUGGGAAAUAAAUCUUAAUGCA